CAAUCGUUGAUACUUCCGUGUGGUUCAUAUCCUGUUUCUGUAGGAGACGUGCUCCUACUCGCUUCUAUAUAUCUAUAUUCGAUCUACACCUAAUUAACGAUUUCAAAAUCCAAAUCCAAAUCCAAAUCCAAAAUCAAAAUGGGAACGGAAGCUAAACUCACCAAUGGAAACACCGUUGCCGGAGAACAAACCGGCUCCGCCUUCAAGCUAGUUGGCUUCAACAACUUCAUCCGAACAAAUCCCAUGUCCGACAAAUUCUCAGUCAAAAGAUUCCACCACAUUGAGUUCUGGUGCUCCGACGCCACCAACACCGCCCGACGUUUCUCCUGGGGCCUCGGCAUGCCCAUCGUUCAGAAAUCCGAUCUAUCAACUGGAAACGCAACUCACGCCUCCUACCUCCUCCGCUCCGGCCAACUCAACUUCCUCUUCACUGCUCCUUAUUCCCCAUCCAUCUCCUCCGCCGCCACCACCACCACCGCUUCCAUCCCGUCGUUUUCCCACACUGACUGCCGCAACUUCACCGCCUCCCACGGCCUCGCAGUCCGCUCAGUCGCCAUUGAAGUCGAAGACGCCGAAAUCGCUUUCUCCGUCAGCGUCUCCCACGGCGCUAAACCCUCUUCUUCCCCAAUCACCCUUGGAAAUAACGACGUCAUACUGUCGGAAGUUAAACUCUACGGCGAUGUCGUUUUGCGUUACAUAAGCUACAAGAAUCCCAACUUUGAUGGCAUAUCUAAUUUCUUGCCCGGGUUUGAACCAGUUGAAAAGACGUCGUCGUUUCCUGACCUUGACUACGGUAUCCGCCGUCUUGAUCAUGCGGUAGGCAACGUCCCGGAACUCGCUCCGGCUGUAGACUACGUGAAAUCUUUCACUGGAUUCCAUGAGUUCGCCGAAUUCACGGCGGAGGAUGUCGGCACGAGCGAGAGCGGACUCAAUUCGGUCGUUUUAGCGUGCAAUAGCGAGAUGGUUUUGAUCCCUAUGAAUGAGCCGGUGUACGGAACAAAGAGGAAGAGCCAGAUUCAGACGUACCUGGAACACAACGAAGGCGCCGGAGUUCAGCAUUUGGCGCUGGCAAGUGAGGACAUAUUUCGGACCUUGAGAGAGAUGAGGAAGCGCAGCGGAAUUGGUGGUUUUGAGUUUAUGCCGUCGCCACCGCCUACUUAUUAUCGGAAUUUGAAGAAUAGAGUCGGAGAUGUAUUGACGGAUGAACAGAUUAAGGAGUGUGAGGAAUUGGGAAUAUUAGUCGAUAGAGAUGAUCAGGGGACUCUGCUUCAAAUCUUCACCAAACCCGUGGGCGACAGGCCAACCAUAUUCAUAGAGAUAAUUCAGAGAGUUGGGUGUAUGGUGAAAGAUGAUGAAGGCAAGGUGCAGCAGAAGGCAGGGUGUGGAGGAUUCGGGAAGGGGAAUUUCUCUGAGCUCUUCAAAUCUAUCGAGGAAUAUGAGAAGACACUUGAAGCACGAACCACUAGUGAACCAACUGCUGCUGCAUGAAAGCUGCCCAUACUAUGGUAGUAAUAUCCAUGUCUUCUUGAUUGAAAUCCUAUGAUUCGAACAUAUUACAUAUGUACAUGAGGAUUCUGUAGAAAGUGAGUCCUGAAAAUGUUUGAACUUGACAAGAAGAUAUUGGUAACAUGUUCUAUCUUUUUAUACGGAAUAAAUACUGUUGGGUUAGUUUUUCUUCAUUAA